CGAAGGGAUAUAAAGGCAGACCCAGCAUGUAUAAUUCCAGGGCUUUUGUCCUUCCUUAGAGUACCCUAUCAAGCCCUAUGCGCAGAGCCAAUAUCACAUCGCAGUCAAUAUUUGCAGCCACUCGAUUCUAGCCACAACCCCACACCCUGUUCGUCAGCGAGUCAGUUUCGUCAGUCAUGGGUGCACAGAGCGACAACAUCGUGCGCCCGCGCAUGCUGAUUGGGGGCGAGCUUCUCGAUUCGUCGUCCGACAAGCAGACAUUUGACAUCUUCAAUCCUGCAGAUGUCAAGACCAAGGUCGCUGUCGUGCCCGAGGCAACCGAGGAUGACACCAACAGGGCCGUCGCCGCGGCCAAAAGCGCAUUCCCCGAGUGGUCCGAGACAGGCGCCGCCGUCCGCGGAGGCUACCUGAAGAAGCUCGCCAGCCUCAUUAGAGAGAAUAUCAGCGAGCUGGCACGGCUCGAUGCCAUAUCUAUGGGACGGCCUGUCUCGCAUUAUUUUGACGCCGAGCAUGCUGCCGUCACACUCGAGCGCUUCGCCGAGGCUUGGCCCAUGAUCCAGGGACAAUCCUCCAUCAACACCCCGGGCUAUGUCUCCAUGACUCUUCGUCAGCCGUUCGGCGUCGUAGCCGCAAUUCUCCCAUGGAACGCGCCCCUGCCGCUGUUCGUCAGCAAGGUAGCACCGGCUCUUAUCACGGGAAACACCAUCGUCGUGAAAAGCAGCGAGAAGGCACCGCUGGCCGUGGCGAAGGUCUGUGAGCUCAUUGUGGACGCCGGGUUUCCCGCUGGCGUGGUCAAUGUCAUCUCCGGCCAUGGCCAGCCGUCGGGCGCGCUUCUUGCCGCGCACAUGGACGUAAGGGCCAUAUCUUUUACUGGAUCCACGAACGUGGGGCGACGCAUCCAGCAGGCGGCAGCCUCUUCAAACUUGAAAAACGUUCUGCUGGAGCUCGGCGGAAAGUCUCCAGCGAUCGUGUUUGCGGACGCCGACCUGCAGAAGGCCGCGGCAGAUAUUGCCUUGUCUAUCCAGUUCAACAGCGGCCAGAUAUGCAUCGCCAACUCGCGCGCGUACGUCGAGAAGUCGGCCGCCGGCGAGUUCGUCGAGCUCGUGAAGCAGGCCCUGGCCGCCGCCAAGCCGGGCGACCCCACGGACCCCAGCACCACGCACGGCCCGCAGGUGGACCGCGUCCAGUACGACGCGGUCAUGUCCUACAUCGAGUCCGGCAAGGCCUCGGGCUCGCUGGCCCUGGGUGGAAACGGUUCGCUGGACAAGGACGGCGGCUUCUUCGUGGAGCCAACCAUCUUUGUGUCUCAGCCCGAGGACUCCAAGGUCGUCAAGAACGAGAUCUUCGGCCCCGUCAUCGUCAUCAACACGUUCGAGGACGAGCGCGAGGCGCUCAGGAACGCAAACGACACCGAGUAUGGCCUGUGGGCCGCCGUGUACACGCGCGACAUUUCGCGCGCCCUGCGCGUGGCCAAGGCCAUCGAGAGCGGCAUGGUCUCGAUCAACUGCACGUCCCCCAUGUCCAUGCCGACCGACAUGCCGUUUGGCGGCUACAAGGCGAGCGGGCAGGGAAGAGAGGGUGUUCAUCAGAGUAUUGAUGCCUAUUGCGAGGUCAAGACUGUCGUCAUCAAGAUUGACUGAUCGGGAUGAGGGCAAGUGCGAACGAAGAGGUCGACAAGGGGAAACGGAACUACAUGAGUAAGUACUGUUGAUAGCAGAGAAUGCAAAAAUCUCCCAUUCGCUUAGUUUGGCCAGGGGCCUGUACAUUCAUAAUGUG